UGACUCACGGGGGGGGGGGAGAAUGCGUAAACAUGACAAUCAACACCGUUAUCGAUUCUUCAGGUAUUAUUUUACAAUUUUAUACCACACAUGCAAACGUAUUGAAAUUUAUUUUUUAGGAAGUUAUAGGGAGUAUAAAAGUUUAGGAAGUAUCAAAAAUAUGGGUAGUUCUCGUUACAACAAACUUUUACACAAAUAAUUUUUUAUGCAGUUAGGAAAUAAAACUAAACAACAGAGAGACCCGGCAAAGAAAGCAUGGACAGAGCAAUAGGCUUGUUGCGCAUGCGCGAUGGUGUACGUUUAAUUAGUUGGACAACGACCCUUAUCACAAGACCCGGUUAGACGUGAGCACGAUGAUUCCGUAGUCAAUGUCAGUAAUGCUGAGCUGCCGGAAGACCAAGGCCAAUUAAAUUGUGAUCGGUUUCGGUACGUGUAUAACGAAAUAGAUUUCCCCAAGGAAUGGAUAAUUGGCGGCAUAUGCCUUCAAACCACCAAUCUGCUGUAUGGCCGGGGCGCCAGAGGAUCCUUGUUUCACUUGUAGUCAAACGAACGAACAAGUGUUACCUCUCACGCUUCUAGAAAGCGAGUGAAGCCUGGCGUUUUUGGUCAACCAGGAUAUAUGCAGGGCAUUUUGUUUUUACAGACGCGGCGAAAUGUAUAUAUAGACUGUUCCAUGUUGGUAGUUCUAAUAAAAUAUUUUUAUCAUAACUCCUCGAUAAAGAGAAUAAAUCAAAAUGGACUUUUUCUCAUUGUUUAUACAAUUCUUACUUGUGGCAUUCUAUUAUGCAAGACAUGACCAUGACAACUUGCUGAAACAGGAAAAAGCGCACGUCUAAAAUAUCAAUUUUCCACCUCAACUUUCCAACGCCACGUAAUACUACAAAAUGGUUAGAUCAGUAUACAGGAAUAGUAAUUAUAGCACGACUUUUGAUGCUUUACUUACUAACUGAACACAGGUGUUAGGCGAGGAAAACAAAACACCUAUAGUCAUUAGUGGCGCGAAGUUAGAAUCUCCGGCAACGCGGUCAAGUCGGGAGCUUUGAAUAAAAAAAGCAAACAAAGGUCACUAGCUAAUACAAUGGUCACCAAGCUGCAAAAACAAACAAAAAACAAAAAAAAACUUUACUACAGUUGACGGAAAUGUUUGAAUGUUUAGGCGUUUAUGAAUGUUAGGUUUAAACCUAAACUUAUUUCACUAUUUAUUGAGAGCAGACGGAAAUCUGACCAAAUCACCCCUCCCUCUCUUGCUUUAAUACGGGUCUGUAUCAGUUGAUGCGUGGCCUGGUGUUACUGAAUCACAUGACCAGCCAAGGGAUUAGCCAACUUCAUCGCGAGUAAGCAUGACUUACAACCUUGCUGUUAGCGAAUCAAUCAGCGAGUAAACGGAGAGUAAGAAAUAGAAAAUGAAGUCCAGGGGUGGAGAGCCAUUCAACAUGGAGUCAGGUUUGAAGUACUCGGCUGCGACCGCAACGCUUAUGUUCGGUGAACUUCACAAUGGCUUCGUCCGUCCUUUGUGGCUAACACAAGAGAGUCAACCUGGGGAGCGGCCCAUGGCAAAUGGAGGCAGAGGCAAGAUGGGCUGCGAUAAUCCGGUUUUUCGAAAUGCGGAUGCGCUAUCGCGAGAUGGCGACAGAAGUGACGCGAAUGGGUUCUUAGUGAACCAUCAGAGUCGCCUUGAGAGCGCUAUGGUCUCCGCGGCGCGGGAUAACGACAGUGUAUCGUUAGGAGUGGCCCUUGACCAUUACAUGGAGUUACUGAAUAUGGAAGGUCUUAACGAUAAUAACCCGGGCGAUCCCAACAGUCACAAACCUAAAAAUUUCCUACCACUCGUCGUCGCGGCCCAGCUUGGAAACUACGAGGUUCUUAAUAUGCUUGUAAGCAAAGGCUUUCAGCUUGUAAAGCCCCACAAUGUGCUGUGUCGAUGCGAGGAAUGUCAGGCGGAUAAUUUCAGGGAAUCGCAAAGACGAUUGGACAUUUAUCGUGGGCUGGCAAACCCUGUGUUUAUCUCAAUGACGAGUAAUGAUCCGUUUUUGACGGCGUUCGAGUUGAGCAGUGAGUUGGAAGUAAUAGCGCGAAGGGAGGAUGAAUACGAGAAGGACUAUCUUCAACUUUCGCAGCAGUGUUCGCAAUUCACGAUUGGAUUACUGGAUGAGUGCCGAACGUCUAGAGAGCAGAGAUGUAUUCUCAAUUAUCCUGGAGAAAAUGGCUCCGUGGAAGACUACGCAGAAAACAGUCUAGGUUUGGUCAACAGCGCAAUCUCUUACAACCAAAAAGAGUUCGUUGCGCACCCAUUCUGCCAACACUUGGUGAUGCAGCACAUCUUUGGUGACAUCACAGGAUGGCGAACCAAUCAUUUCCUUUAUCGCAUCGCCUACGUGUUGACCCAAGUCAUCAUAUUCCCAGUUCUGGCCGUGAUCUACUUCUUCAUGCCUUUCCUAGAGGUUGGCCGCAAAAUCAAACGUCCAUUCGUCAAGUUCAUCAACCAUACAUCAUCAUUUGUGGUCUUCCUGAUUCUGCUGGCUGUAUCGUCACACCACCAGUUUGAGAUCAGAUUUCGAAAAAUGCCGUCAGGAUUAGAGUGGCUCAUUUUCUCUUGGAUUCUCGGGGUUGCGUGGUCGGAAUGUAAGCAAGUAUGGCACGAGGGGGCCAGGCGCUACUUCUCAAGCGGAUGGAACUGGAUGGAUAUCGGUAUGGUGUUUCUGUUACUUGGUGCAUUUGUUUUAUGGACUAUUAUAUUCAUCGUCGACUUUGACAGCAAUGCCAAGCUAGCGCACGACGUGCUACUUAGCACGGCCGAUGGCAUGUACGCUUUUGGUGUCGUUGCAAGCUUCUUCCGGUUGAUUUACUUGUGUCAGAUCAGCCGCUAUCUGGGUUUGCUACAGCUGAGCUUAAGCCGUAUGGUGAGAGUGAUAUUUCAGUUCGCGUUCAUCAGCUGCGUUGUGCUCUGGUCUUUUUCGGUUGCUAUGACAAUGCUCUAUAUGUCAUCAUUUGAGGCGUAUCAGUUACCACGCCCCGUGAAGAACGUAACGAGUGACAUCGAUGCCAUAUUGGACAAGGGUUACGACAAUUUGCUUAGUACGAUGGUAACGCUGAUGUGGGCAAGCCUGGAUAUGGUUGGUCUAGAUACCCUGAACGUGUUUAAAAAGCAGAGUCUGAUCCAGUUCUGGACCGCAGCUCUGUUCACCCUGUACCACGCGGCGUCCAUGGUCGUCCUACUUAACAUGCUCAUAGCAAUGAUGAGUAAUUCAUACCAACAGGUCGAGGACAAUAUCGAGACGGAAUACAAGUUCGCACGCACUCAGCUCUGGACAGAUUAUAUCGGCGAUGCGGUACCUACUCUUCCUCCGCCACUUAACCUCCUCCCUACCCCUAAGUAUAUCGUGCGCCUGCUAUGCAAGUUGAGCAACAGAUGCUGUGGCGUGCCAAGGAAGGUCCCUUGCUUGACGGAGAGCCAAGUAUGGGACUAUGAUGGAGGACGGUUCGAUGUUGAGCAUAGGAAAUCAGAGUACAAGAGCACUGUUCGCGAACUACUGAGCCGGUACUGGGACAGACACCGCAAGGCAAAAACUCCCGCGACUGCCGCAGAUCGCAUCCAAGCGAUGACCAAGAUCAAGGAAGAAGUUACAGACAUGCUAUGCGAGAUAAGAAACAUCCUCAAGGCGAGAGGGCGAACAAGAGGUAGCCGAGACCAGCUGAAAGCACCUGAGGAAGGCGAGCCUGCAAGUCAGGAAAGAAUCAAGCUCGAGUUAACACCACCACCAUCUUCCUCAUCAUUGCCAGAACUCAGUUCAGGCAACACCCAUGGUGAGACAAAUGGCAUGUCUGCCAAGGUAAACGGCCGUAACACACCAUCCCCGACCGGGACAGAGGGCACAAACCACAACACUGCCGAGGCAAGUGAGGCAGAGAACAAAGUUUGAAUUUGCUUUUGCGGGGAGUAGUUCUCAUGGCGUACAGAUGACUUUUAAAAUCAGAGGAUCAAACAUUGUUUCCACACAAUUAUGAUUUGUUUGUAUUGUCCUUAGUUUGUGUGAGCUAAAUUACAUGUACAUUUUUCCAAGUAUAUAAAAAAUAACACAAAACCUUUUUCUGAAAAAAAUCAAACUUGUAAACCAUAAUACUCAUGAAAAAUAAGAGCUCCUUAAAGAUUUUAGCUGUUCUCACAUUAAUGAAUUGUGAAUUUUUCAUAUAAUGAAGGGUUCAUCAAAUGGCUUGGAGGGGGGAGAGAAGAUUUUGACUCAGGAUAUAACAUUUUUUUGGUAACCCCUUUAAAAGCCCCUAAGCCCACCCCUGCCCCGCCCCUACUCCCUCAGCAUGCCUAUCUUUAUCUUGAAAAUAACAUUAUCAUUCAUUAUCAUUCCGGAAUCUGACAUUUGACUAUCAAUAAUGUUUUUUGUCUCUUUGUUCCUGGUAAAUAAUACAUUGUAUCAGUAAAUCCAGCUAUGUACUAUACACAAGAAUUGUAAAUUUGGAAGUAAUCUGUAUUAUAUAAAGAUAAGUGAGUGUCAAACACAUUUAUCUUUUUGCCUAAAUUAAUUUGUAUUUGUACUACAGACUCAGUUUAUAUCAGUUAAAUAAAGCUGAAAGGUAGGACUCAUAACAAAUUCAGAGCCACCCUUAAAGGGGCCAUUUUGUUCAGGCCCUUCUUUCAGGUGGCCAAAAGUUUUAAGACCACCACCAGCAAUAACAUGCUUAAAAAUUGUCUUUGUAUGUUAGAGUUAUAGAAGAUGUCUAGCACAACAAUGUAAGAGUUAAUUACCGAGAGCCGAGGCAAUUAGUGAUAUACAUGAUGUAUAAGCUUAUUGCCGAAGGCUCGAGCUAAUUAACUGAUUUAUUACAGAUUGACAAAGGUUUCCACGCAAAAAUGUUUUUCAGAAUCUUUAUCUUUGAAAUUGAACCCUGAUUGAAUAAAGAGUGGUGUGGAGGAUUCAAGCGGCAUUAGCAUAUAUAUCGAAAAGUUAUUUCUGCAAUUUCUACGGCAACCAAAA